AUGCUCUGCCUCCGGUGCAGGGCAGCUCCCUCUGCGCUCAGGACAGCUACGUCCUCGAUAACGAACCUACUAACAUCCCAUUCCUUGACUUACAGACAAGCUAUCCCCGCGCUCUCUCCCCUCACCUCGCUCUCGCGCGCGUCACAAUCCCGACCCUUCUCCCUCGCAACAUCGACCAUCGCUCCCACACGACCAACUCUCUCCGCGCUCCCAAGUCAAUCACAACAGCCCCAAUCACUCGCUCCAGUCACCUCCGCAAUCGCCCAGCAAUCCCGCUCGUUCUCUGCUAGUUCCUCUCUAGCUGGAAGGCGCUCCACAUACAACCCGUCGCGCCGGGUGCAGAAACGCCGCCAUGGGUUUCUUUCGAGGCUGAGGACUAAGUCCGGGAGGAAGAUUAUUGCGCGGCGGCGCGAUAAGGGCCGGAAGAGCAUGAGUUGGUGAUCUUUCUUCUUAGUUGCUUCGUUCCAGGCUUGCGGAUUAGACUGGAUAGAUGGAUGGAUGGGAUGGGAUUAUUGUAUAUCUACCUGUUGAAUCGACUGCUCGGUUUCUGUUGACGAGGUCUGACUUGACUCGCCUGCUUCAUCUGGGAAACCAAGGUGUGAUGAGUGAGGGAUGGGUUUGUUGGAUCGCUCGAAAGAAGACGAGGGCCUGCUGUCCUCUUUGUAUCAUAUUUUAAUAUACAAAUCAAGAGUACGAUAGAACUGGAAUAUAUCGGCCGGCUAUGUACAUUGGAUUUGUCGGCGUCUAGUUCCGGAUUU